AUGUCUUUGAAUAAUGGUUUAUUAGAGGAUUCGCUCAAUAAUAAUAAUAUUAAUAAUAAUAAUAAUAACAACAAUUAUUUUUCAGAAAAUAACAACAGCAAUAAUAGUAGUGGUAAUAAUGAAGAAGGCAGUUUUACUUUAGCGAAUAAUAAUAAUAAUAAUAAUAAUAUGAGUAGCCAAAAUAAUUCGCAAGACGGUAACCAACAACCAAAUGGUGCCAUCGAUUAUAAACAACAACAACAACACUACCAACAACAACAACAACAACAACAACAACAACAACAACAACAACAACAACAACAACAACAACAACAACAACAACAACAACAACAACAACAACAACAACAACAACAACAACAACAAGAUUACCAAAGAUCAAUGUCAUCACCUCAAGGUGUUGUAGAUGCAAAUUAUGCUCAGCAGCAGCAACAACAACAUCAUCAAAUGACUCAAGAUCAAAACAAAAAUCCAAGGAGUCCGAUGUCUCAACAAACACAAGAGAAUACAGGUGAUAAUAAUAAUAAUAAUAAUAAUAAUAAUAAUAAUAAUAAUAAUAAUGUAAUUGAGAAUAGAAGUCCAUAUUCACCAAUGUCAUCACAACAACAGGUUUAUAAUAACCCAAGAUCCCCAAAUAAUAUGAACCCUUUAUCACCAGUUCAACAGCAACAACAACAACAACAACAACAACAGCAACAGCAACAGCAACAGCAACAACAACACCAGCAACAACAACAGCUACAGCAACAACAACAGCUACAGCAGCAGCAACAACAACAACAACAACAAUUGAAUGCUGGUGAUGCGAUGUCCCCAAAACAGCAAAAUUAUAAUCCUUCUUCACCUGCUACAAAUAUUCAGCAAUCAUCACAACAACCACAACAACAACAAUAUAAUCCACAACAACAACAACAACAACAACAAUACCCAUAUAUACAACAAGGACAGGUUAUAUCAUCACCUCAACAAAACUAUGCACAAAAACAAUUGUCCCCUCAAUCAUUC